AGCUGAAGUGAUCCCGUACCUUGACUCAAGGCCACGUGGCAAGUUUAAGCUUCUUAGCUUUUGCUCGCUUUUACUCGACAAAGAAGCUUUAACAUCAAAAUCUGCCACUAUUUAAACCAAGAUAUUGUUGUGUGAAGACUAUCUAUGCUGUAAAUGCAGUGCUAUCGCAUCCAGGUGAGUAGAUAUACUCGUUACAAACAAACAAACAAACAGACAAGCGGAGAGUGUGUGGAAAAUGCCUCGACGCAUAUUUUGCUUGGUCAAAAAGUGUUGGAGUGUUUGGAAGUCUUCGUAUAAACACUCUGCUCUAGCUAGACUAGAGAUGAACUUCAAGGACCGACAAUGAUGAUGAGAAAGGGGUGGAUCUGCAUAGGGGUCAGAGUUCACUGCACUCUGACCCUUGCACGUGCUCUGAACAAAAUGUCUCUGAUGUCUUCAGAUCAGCUAGCUGGAGCUCAGAUGCAGAAUGAAGGACAAAAUGUGACUUUAUUCAACUUGCGGAUACACAUUGGAUUAACGAACUCUCAACUAGACAAAUUGAUCGAAGAGGAGGAUACUAUAAAUUUGGCAGAAUUCUUUGAAGAUCAUGUUGCACUGUAUAUAGAUCUGUUUACACUUAGUGCUGCGGAAAAAGGAGACGUGCUUAAAGAAGAUAAAACUAAAACAGCUGUAGCACUGCUUUUGAAAUUAUGGAUACAAUCAGAUCCUUUUUCAGCCUCAUUCAGAAAGAUAUUGAUAAUCCUAUUAAAAAUGGGAAAAGAAAGCAUAGCAAGAAGUGUCUGUGAGUAUGUGAAAGGGAAAAUCACGAGAACUUACCUAUCAAAGCAACACUCAGAUGCGAUACAAGAAAAACUAACGGAGAUAGCAAAAAAAGUUGCUCAUCAAGAUAAAGAACUGCUGUCUAUGAUUCAAAAGAACAAUCUCUUCAAAUCAAUCAUAAUAUCAGUAGUGGUUGCCAUUUUUGCAAUGUUUACUUACAACAUCACUUCUUCCCGAACUGAACGAAACACUCUUCCCCGGAUCUCUAUACCACUGGGUCCCCCUCCAUUGAUUAUGACCAAUUUCCAUCAACACAAGAUCAAGACUGAGGACGUAUGGUACUCAACACCAGUCUACACUCACGAUCGUGGCUACAAAAUUUGUCUAGCAGUACGAGCCAAUGGAAAUGGGCAGUACAAAGGAACUCAUGUCUCUGGUCACAUUGUAUUUAUGAAGGGAGAGUUUGACAAUGAAUUGAAAUGGCCAUUUUGUGGAGUCAUUAGGUUUUGGGUUUUUGACAAACUUAAAAGGCGAUAUUCUUUCCGAAUUGUUAAAUAUGAUUGGAAAAAUGAAGAGGGUGAAAGGGUUGUAGGUAAAAAUUUAUACUCCAAUCAGGGGAAAGGAAAAAGUGAUUAUAUUUCUCACAAACAACUGAAAUACGAGUUUUUGUACAACGAUACACUUACGUUUAUGUUUUACUAUGUAGAAUUGCUCUAAAUUUUUGUGGCUAAAUAUAAUGCCUUAUUAGGCACUAAUUAAAAGCUUAUCAGUGAUCAUCACAUUCUUG